AUGUACCAACCGACCCGCGGCGGUGCUCGAGGCGGAGCAGCCGAAUUUAGCUGGGACAAGGUCAAAGAGUCCAAAGAUCGCGAGUUCUACCUCGGCAACUCGGUCGCUGCUCCCACCGGGCGCUGGCAGGACGGCCGCGACAUCAACUGGUACAACAAGGACAAGAACGCCUCUUCAUCCUCUUCCAGCGCGGCCGACGAGAGGAGAGAGGAGCUGCGGAAGAUCAAGGAGGCCGAGACCGCUGCGCUGUAUGCAAAGCUGGGGCGUCCUCCGCCGCCACCGGGGGCCGAAGCAGGGGUCGGGGACAGACUUGCGAGUGGUUCGAGCGGGGGAGUGAGGAGGGAGGCGACGGGGGCGAACAGUGCACCGCUGGAUGCGAGUAAGUCCAAGUGGGGUCGAGGAGAAGAGGAGCAGGAGGUGUCGGAAGCGGACAAGAAGCUUGCCAGGAAGUUUGCACGGGACGAGGUGAGGAGACGCCGUACCGCAGAGGGCGAGGAUGGCAGCCGAACGGGGACGAACGAUGCAGGGGACGAAGAGCAGAAGAGACAGUCGCAGCAGAAGCAGGUCACCGGACUCGUCGAGUCGACAUCGGCACAGGCAUCGUGA